GGCCGGGCCGUGCUGGAGCAGCGGCGGCUGCGGCCGCGGGAGCCGAGCCUGCAGCGAGGGACCGGCUGAGGCGCGCGGGAGGAAAGGAGGCGAGCGCUCCGCGGCGCUGUCGCCGCCGCGGCGGCUGCUCACUCUCGGGGAAGAGAUGGCGGCGGAGCGGGGAGCCCGGCGACUCUUCAGUACCUCCUCCCUCUGGCUCUACUGCCUGCUGCUGCUGUUCGGGCGCCCGGCGCCGGGCGCUGCGGCCGCCAGGAGUGGCUCCCCGCCGCAGUCCGCAGGUGCCAGCAUUCGAACAUUCACUCCAUUUUAUUUUCUGGUGGAACCAGUGGAUACACUCUCGGUUAGAGGCUCCUCUGUUAUAUUAAAUUGUUCAGCAUACUCUGAGCCUUCUCCAAAAAUUGAAUGGAAAAAAGAUGGAACUUUUCUAAACUUAGUAUCAGAUGAUCGACGCCAGCUUCUUCCAGAUGGAUCUUUAUUUAUCAGCAAUGUGGUGCAUUCCAAACACAAUAAACCUGAUGAAGGCUAUUAUCAGUGUGUGGCCACUGUUGAUAGUCUUGGAACUAUUGUCAGCAGAACAGCCAAGCUAACAGUAGCAGGACUUCCAAGAUUUACCAGUCAACCAGAACCUUCUUCAGUUUAUGCUGGGAACAGUGCAAUUCUGAAUUGUGAAGUUAAUGCAGAUUUGGUUCCAUUUGUGAGGUGGGAACAGAACAGACAGCCCCUUCUUCUGGAUGAUAGAGUUAUCAAACUUCCAGGUGGAACGCUGGUUAUCAGUAAUGUGACUGAAGGAGAUGGGGGACUAUAUCGCUGCAUAAUUGAAAGUGGUGGGCCACCAAAGUACAGUGAUGAAGCUGAAUUGAAAGUUCUUCCAGAUCCUGAGGAAACACUCAGCUUGGUAUUUUUGAAACAACCUUCUUCCUUAGUCAGAGUCAUUGGUCAGAGCACAGUGUUGCCAUGUGUUGCUUCAGGACUUCCUGCACCAGCCAUGAGAUGGAUGAAAAAUGAGGAGACACUUGACACAGAAGGUUCUGAAAGAUUGGUCUUGCUGGCAGGUGGUAGUCUGGAAAUCAGUGAUAUCACUGAGGAUGAUGCUGGGACUUAUUUUUGUAUAGCUGACAAUGGAAAUGAAACAAUUGAAGCUCAAGCAGAGCUUACAGUACAAGCCCAACCUGAGUUCCUGAAACAGCCUGCUAAUAUAUAUGCUCAUGAAUCCAUGGAUAUUGUAUUUGAAUGUGAAGUGACUGGGAAACCAACUCCAACUGUGAAGUGGGUCAAGAAUGGGGAUAUGGUUAUCCCAAGUGAUUACUUUAAAAUUGUAAAGGAACAUAAUCUUCAAGUUUUGGGUCUGGUGAAAUCAGAUGAAGGGUUCUAUCAAUGCAUUGCUGAGAAUGAUGUUGGAAAUGCACAAGCUGGAGCUCAACUGAUAAUCCUUGAACAUGCACCAGCCACAACGGGACCACUGCCUUCAGCUCCUCGGGACGUCGUGGCCUCCCUGGUCUCUACCCGCUUCAUCAAAUUAACAUGGCGAACACCUGCAUCAGAUCCUCAUGGAGAUAACCUCACCUAUUCUGUAUUCUACACCAAGGAAGGAAUUGCUAGGGAACGUGUUGAGAAUACCAGUCGCCCAGGAGAGAUGCAGGUAACCAUUCAAAAUCUAAUGCCAGCGACUGUGUACAUCUUUAGAGUUGUGGCUCAAAAUAAACAUGGCUUCGGAGAGAGUUCAGCUCCACUACGAGUAGAAACACAGCCUGAAGUCCAGCUCCCUGGCCCAGCACCUAACAUCCGAGCGUAUGCAACAUCUCCUACUUCCAUCACUGUCACAUGGGAAACCCCAUUGUCUGGCAAUGGGGAAAUUCAAAAUUACAAAUUGUACUACAUGGAAAAAGGAACAGAUAAAGAACAGGAUGUUGAUAUUUCAAGUCACUCCUACACUCUUAAUGGAUUGAAAAAAUAUACAGAGUAUAGUUUCCGAGUAGUGGCCUACAAUAAACAUGGUCCUGGAGUCUCCACACAGGAUGUUGCUGUUCGAACAUUGUCAGAUGUUCCCAGUGCUGCUCCUCAGAAUCUAUCCUUAGAAGUUAGAAAUUCAAAGAGUAUUAUGAUUCACUGGCAGCCACCUUCUCCAGCCACACAGAAUGGGCAGAUUACUGGCUACAAGAUUCGCUACCGAAAGGCCUCCCGAAAAAGUGAUGUCACUGAAACUUUGGUUACUGGGACACAACUGUCUCAGCUGAUCGAAGGUCUUGAUCAGGGGACUGAAUACAAUUUCCGAGUAGCUGCUUUAACAGUCAAUGGUACAGGCCCGGCAACUGACUGGCUGUCUGCUGAAACAUUUGAAAGUGACUUAGAUGAAACUCGUGUUCCUGAAGUGCCUAGCUCUCUUCAUGUCCGCCCGCUUGUCACGAGCAUUGUAGUAAGCUGGACUCCUCCAGAGAAUCAGAACAUUGUGGUCAGAGGUUAUGCCAUUGGUUAUGGCAUUGGCAGCCCUCAUGCCCAGACUAUCAAAGUGGACUAUAAACAGCGCUAUUACACCAUUGAAAAUCUGGAUCCAAGCUCUCACUAUGUGAUUACCCUGAAAGCAUUUAACAACGUGGGUGAAGGCAUCCCCUUGUAUGAAAGUGCUGUGACCAGGCCUCACACAGACACUUCUGAAGUUGAUUUAUUUGUUAUUAAUGCUCCAUACACUCCAGUGCCAGAUCCCACUCCCAUGAUGCCACCAGUGGGAGUUCAGGCUUCCAUUCUGAGUCAUGACACCAUAAGGAUUACAUGGGCGGACAACUCACUGCCCAAACAUCAGAAGAUUACAGACUCCCGGUACUACACAGUUCGAUGGAAAACCAACAUCCCUGCAAACACCAAGUACAAGAAUGCAAAUGCAACGACUUUAAGUUACUUGGUGACUGGUUUAAAACCAAAUACACUCUAUGAAUUCUCUGUGAUGGUGACCAAAGGUCGAAGAUCAAGCACAUGGAGUAUGACAGCACAUGGGACCACCUUUGAAUUAGUUCCUACUUCUCCACCUAAAGAUGUAACAGUUGUGAGUAAAGAGGGAAAACCUAGGACCAUAAUUGUGAACUGGCAGCCUCCUUCAGAAGCCAAUGGCAAAAUUACAGGUUAUAUCAUAUAUUACAGUACAGAUGUGAAUGCAGAGAUACAUGAUUGGGUUAUUGAGCCUGUUGUGGGAAACAGGCUGACUCACCAGAUUCAAGAGUUAACACUUGACACACCGUACUACUUCAAAAUCCAGGCCCGGAAUUCAAAGGGCAUGGGGCCCAUGUCUGAAGCUGUCCAGUUCAGAACACCUAAAGCGGACUCCUCUGAUAAAAUGCCUAAUGAUCAAGCCUCAGGGUCUUCAGGAAAAGGAAGCCGGCUGCCAGACCUGGGAUCUGACUACAAACCUCCAAUGAGUGGAAGCAACAGCCCUCAUGGGAGCCCCACCUCUCCUCUGGACAGUAACAUGCUGCUGGUCAUCAUCGUUUCUGUUGGUGUCAUCACCAUUGUGGUGGUCGUGAUCAUUGCUGUCUUUUGCACAAGGCGUACCACAUCUCACCAGAAAAAGAAACGAGCUGCAUGCAAAUCAGUGAAUGGCUCCCACAAGUACAAAGGGAACUCCAAAGAUGUCAAACCUCCAGACCUGUGGAUCCACCAUGAGAGACUGGAGCUGAAACCCAUCGAUAAGUCUCCAGACCCAAAUCCCAUCAUGACCGAUACGCCAAUUCCUCGCAAUUCUCAAGAUAUCACACCUGUUGACAAUUCCAUGGACAGUAAUAUCCAUCAAAGGAGGAACUCAUACAGAGGGCAUGAAUCAGAGGACAGUAUGUCUACACUAGCUGGAAGGAGGGGAAUGAGACCAAAAAUGAUGAUGCCCUUUGACUCUCAACCACCUCAGCCUGUGAUUAGUGCCCAUCCCAUCCAUUCCCUCGAUAACCCUCACCAUCAUUUCCACUCCAGCAGCCUCGCUUCUCCAGCUCGCAGUCAUCUCUACCACCCGGGCAGCCCAUGGCCCGUUGGCACAUCCAUGUCCCUUUCAGACAGGGCCAAUUCCACAGAAUCUGUUCGAAAUACUCCCAGCACUGACACCAUGCCAGCCUCCUCAUCUCAGACAUGCUGCACUGAUCAUCAGGAUCCUGAAGGUGCUACCAGCUCCUCUUACUUGGCCAGCUCCCAGGAGGAAGAUUCAGGGCAGAGUCUUCCCACAGCCCAUGUUCGUCCUUCCCACCCAUUAAAGAGCUUCGCUGUGCCAGCAAUCCCACCCCCAGGACCUCCCACCUAUGAUCCUGCAUUGCCAAGCACACCAUUAUUAUCCCAGCAAGCUCUGAACCAUCACAUCCAUUCAGUGAAGACAGCUUCCAUCGGAACUUUAGGAAGGAGCCGGCCUCCUAUGCCAGUGGUUGUUCCAAGUGCCCCUGAAGUACAGGAGACCACAAGGAUGCUGGAAGACUCUGAGAGUAGCUAUGAACCAGAUGAGCUGACCAAAGAGAUGGCCCACCUGGAAGGACUAAUGAAGGACCUAAAUGCCAUCACGACAGCAUGACAACCUUCGCCAGGCCAGGACUCCAUGCUUGAAUCUAGAAGUCUUGGAACUUAGCCUUGAAAACAAGGAAUUGUACAGAGUACGAGAGGACAGCACUUGAGAACAGAGUGAGCCAGCAGACCAGCCACCACCCCCGCAUGGAACUAGCUCCAGGCACGGCCACCUGCCUUCUUCUGGUCAGCCUGGAAGAUGCCUGCAUUGGGGCAGCUUCCCUUUGCCUGCUGAUACCAUGCAGGACUGGGCACCAUGGGCCAAAAUUUUGUGUCCAGGGAAGAGGCGAGGAGUACAACCUGCAUUUCACUUUGUGAUCAGGCUGUGUCUUCGUGCUGCAACUGCAUCAACUUGAUGGAGUGUAGACAUUGGCAUUAUGUACAAUUUUAUUUGAGUCUAUUUUAUUUUACCUUAAAAAAAUAUGAUCCAAAACCAAGGAAGUCCAUGGUGUUUUCCACAAGUGGUUGACAUUUGACUGCUUGUUCCAAUUACAUACGGAAAGUCAUUGACAGUGUGGGUUGUUGCAGGGGUUGGCUUGUUUUUGGUUUGGUUUUUAUUUUUUAAUUCUGAGACAUUGCAUCCUCUACCAGCUGUUAAUCCAUCACUUUGAGGGGGAGGAAAUGUUGCAUUGCUGUUUGUACGCUUUUUUAUUAUUUUUUUAUUAUAAUUAUUAAAGGCCUGACUUUCUCCUCUCAUCACUGUGAGAUUACAGAUCUAUUUGAAUGAAAUGUAACAU